GAAACCGAUCAGAUCAGAUCAGAUCGAGACGGAAAGGCAUCAUGGCGUCGGCGAGCCUGGCCCCGGGCCUCUCCCGGAAGCUGAAGAAGGUGCUGGAGACCCGCACCGACGGCCCAGAUCUUCUCGACUCGCUGGCGACCCUGUCGACGUUCUACACCGACAACACGCCGCCAGCGCGCAGGAACCUCAAGUCCUCCAUCGAGCAGCGGGCCCUGGCCAUCAACCGCCACUUCCUCCUCGCCUCGCUCCCCGCUCAGCAGACCCUCGACCGCGUCGAGGAGGAGGUCGACGCCCUCGCCCGCUGCUGCGACCGGAUUGCCCAGGUAUUGAACAGCUGUAGUGAGAGUACGGCGGAUAUCAUUAGUACCACGGAGAAGUUAAAACAGGAUCUUGAUAUUACUACACAACGACAAGAAAUCGUGUCAUGCUUUUUACGUGAUUAUCAACUUUCUAAUGAAGAGAUAAAUGCACUAAGGGAAGAAGAUCUGAAUGAGAAUUUCUUCAAAGCACUUUCUCAUGUUCAAGAAAUUCAUGCCAACUGUAAGAUAUUGCUGAGAACUCAUCACCAGCGUGCUGGCUUGGAGCUAAUGGACAUGAUGUCUGUAUAUCAAGAAGGAGCCUAUGAACGCUUAUGCAGGUGGGUUCAAGCAGAAUGUAAAAAAUUGGGCGACAGUGAUAAUCCUGAAGUUGCUGACCUUCUCAAGACUGCUGUCCGUUGCCUAAAAGAAAGGCCAGUUCUUUUUAAGUAUUGUGCCGAAGAAGUAGCAAACAUGAGACAUCAUGCAUUGUUCAGACGAUUUAUAAGUGCUCUGACACGAGGAGGGCCUGGAGGACUCCCAAGGCCUAUUGAAGUGCAUGCUCAUGAUCCCUUGCGUUAUGUAGGAGAUAUGUUAGGAUGGCUCCAUCAGGCUCUAGCUUCUGAAAGGGAACUAGUACUCGCACUACUCAGUCCAGAUGCGGCGACAGAUACCGGACCCACUGCUCGCCGCUUUUCCAAGUCUUCUGAAAGUGAUUCUUCAAAAUCAGAGCCAGAUAUAACCUUUGUUUUGGAUAGAAUAUUUGAAGGUGCAUGCCGACCCUUCAAAGUCAGAGUGGAGCAAGUUUUACAGUCUCAGCCUAGUCUCAUUGUUUCCUUCAAACUGAGCAACACUCUGGAGUUCUAUAGUUAUACAAUUUCAGACUUGCUGGGAAGGGAAACAGCUCUCUGCAAUACACUUUGGCUGCUUAAAGAUGCCGCUCAGCAAACUUUCUUUAAUAUUCUGAAGACGCGGGGUGAUAAACUCUUGAGGUAUCCGCCUUUGGUUCCAGUUGAUUUAUCCCCACCAUCAGCAGUAAGGGAAGGUGUUUCUUUGCUGCUUGAGCUUAUUGAUACCUAUGACGGCAUGAUGGUUCCUGCAUCUGGGAAGAAGCCUGACUUUGAUCCUGUGAUUGCUGCUUUACUUGAUCCUAUAAUUCAGAUGUGUGAGCAAGCAGCAGAGGCUCAUAAGUCCAAAGGAGCACUUUCAAGGAGAAGAGCUAGCUCUGAAAUAGGCUCAAACAGGAGGGAUUCUCUAUCAGUUGAUGCAAUCUUGGCGAAGAAUAAUUCCCUGAAUUCUCAGACAGCUGAAACCACAUCCAAAAUCUACCUCGUCAACUGCUUGUCAGCUAUUCAGCAACCAUUAAUAGGACGCGAGGUCACUGCAAAAUAUGUGAACAACCUUUCCUCUAUCAUCGAGACACACACCAAUAUCCUUGUAGAAAAAGAAGUAGAUGCCAUACUCCUGAGAUGCGGUCUAUUGAGCAAGAUAUCCUACGUUCAGACUUUGAAUGAUGAGCAUGGGCCUUUAGCGGAGGUUGAAGAUAUGUCUCCGCAAGUUAUUUCAGAAUGCUUAAGAACCUUUUUUGGGCUUGUCACCGGAAAUGAAGGCUCCUUACCAGAGUUUGAACAGUUGCAAGUGCCUAAAUUGCGCGAUGAAGCAUGCGCUCGUGUUUCUAGGGCUCUUUCAGGAGCAUACGAGCUUCUCUAUGGAGUAAUCACCGAUCCUCAGAAUCUUUACCCUGAUCCAAAGUCACUGGUGAGGCAUUCACCAGAUCAGAUUAGAACCAUACUGGAGAUUUAAAGGCCCGUUUCAGCGUUCUUGAUGUGUUGCUAAUCUGUAGGCCGUACUGAUUUAUAGUACAACUUUUCUUGGAACAUCAGUAACUCUUUUAUCAGAGAUAUUUUGAUGUAGUUUUCGUGCACCAGUUGUUACUGAUUUCAGGCUGUGUAAUUCAUUGCGCUGUUCUUGGAAGGGCCCAAAUAUUUGGUGAUAGGAACACCUUAAUUUCAGAUGAAUAUUUUGAGGAGAUGUAUACGGGUAUAUCUGGGUAUAUGAUUGUAUAAUUAUGGUGAAUAAUUGGAAGUUUAAGAAUGAAUAUUGUGCUGUUCUCAGCGAGUUCUAUUUGUGGAAA